ACUAGAGUUGCAUAAUAGACAGACUGAAGUUAUUUUUGUAGAUGGAUUGUUCCAUCACCAGGAAAGUAACAUUGCUCUGGAAACUGCAGAUGAGCUUAUUUGAUUUGACAGAUUUGUUCGUUUCCUUUUUAAAUUAUUUUGAAUUAUACAUUAAAAGGAAGAGCAGCGAAAGCGUGUUUAUUUUGAAGAUCGUGACAGGAAGUGCGUUUUUCUGGCCAACUUAACAUCGGUACUUGCUGCAUUGGAGCAGAGCUGAAGGAGGAAAGCGAAUGGACAAGCAUCAGUGAGAAAUCCUGGAGUACUGAAGUACUCUGUCUCUGUCUUUUGAUCACAGCUGGACACAGCAUAUAUUUGUCGAAGGCAUUUGUUGCCCAGUGUUGGAUGUCAGCGUGUAACAGGCCUAUAACGUUAGGAGACGGUGCUGGUCCUGCGCUGGUCCAAUUUUUGCAGCUUCAGAACCGCAUAUCGGGGCGACCAUCGACAAAACACAGUAACAGGCAACGACUCAGCUCAGUGUGCGAUGGGAGUCCGUCGUUAGAGGCUCUGUGUUAUUAGACCCGAUCAGAAUUUUGCCAAAAUUGCGACCGGUAUCAAGUACUGCUCACUGUCUCCCGGCAACGGGGGAGACCACCGGCAGCUCGUGAUGUCUCGUGCCAAGGAGCGGCUGAAAGGCGGGAAUGAGACCAAGGACAGCGUUACAUUGCUGCCAUGCUUUUAUUUUGUAGAGGUAGGCUAUCUAUCUAUCUAUCUAUCUAUCUAUCUAUCUAUCUAUCUAUCUAUCUAUCUAUCUAUCUAAAUGUUGCUUGUUAAAUGAAACUAAGGGGUUAGCUGGCUGCUGUCAGAUUUGAUCGAAUGAGUAAUCGGUUGACUGGCUGGUAAGCUGAUUAGUCACUGUCUGAUCAGAAUGAUUGACCAAUGAGUGGUGGGUUGAUUGACAGUCUCUCUCAACUGUUCUUUUAUUAGAGCAGAUGAAUCAGUAAGCUGGACGUGUGGAUGGUGCUGCUAGAUUUAAGAUUUGGAGAGCACAGAGCCAUCACACAAUGACUGUCAAUGUUUUGUACAGAAAUAUAAAACUGUUUGUCUGAAAACUUGAAUUACAGAUGAUACUAGAUGAUGCCGCAUAACAAAAAACAAGACAGGUUGUUUAGGCUACCAAGACACCGGGACAGUUUAAAUGCAGUGCAAUCUUUCUCAACCCCCUUUAUCUUGUUGUAUAGCCGGUUACACUACACUUGAAACAGGAUAAUAAAUUCCUGUGAGUAGGCUACAAUUGCAGUAUGUAGGGCUGCUUGGUGUAAAGAUAGACAGCCUAUUUAAUCACCAAGUGCCUUGUUAUUCAUUGCUAUAUUAGCCUCUGGCAAGAGAACUGCUGUAAAAAAGGCAGUUAUAUAGAGUUGAACACUAGAAUUUGCAACACUUGAUAGUGGUCUCUACAUAGACUGUAUAUAAGAUGGACAACGUGGUUCCGCCUUCCGCCUGUAUACGGAUUUGAAGCCAAAAAGCUCUCGGUAAUUCCGGGUUUUUCUCCACUUCCUUGAAACCAGAGCUGUGCAGUAGCGUUGUGCGCAUUCGGCCGCGCAGUCGCCGAGAGUCCCUGUGAUGACGCUCGGCUCAAACAGCGUAUCCCCCCGGGAGAGCUACGCAAUCCCUGAACACCCAUAGGCUGUACCAGGUGUCAAUCAUAGAAAACAUGAACCCCCUAAUAACUUUUAAAAACGGAGCUGUACAGAAAAAAAAGGACUUGGGCACAAACCAGUCUUACAAUAACUACAUGUCAACAUCACAAGCAGGGGGGAGAAAAAUUUAUGUUCUGUGUAAUAAAUUUCUAAAGUUUGUCUACAGUCCCAUAAGCUUUGCUGGUGGAGGCUGGAUUUAUGACCUGUACUGCAGCCCACCAUCAGAGGGUGCUGUUCUCGAAGUGGCUUCACCCAGCGAGGAGGCAGACUCUGUCCAUCUUAUAUACAGUCUAUGGGUCCCUACUCUGCCACCGCUUCAUGUGGGAGAUAAGCCAUCAUAUGAGCCUGCAUAUUUGUCAUUGUGGAUGAAUAAGCUUUGUUUAAGUCCACAUGUAGACCUAUCAGUGUACAAUGUACACAGCGUUGCUUGACCAUGUCCUCUAUUUUUGUAGACUAACAACACCGUAUAAUUUUACUGAGGUCAAGAGUGCAUAGACCGGGCAGGUUAUGAUGAAAGCGCCCCCUGCUGGUGUACUGCACUAUUAGGAGUUCAAAUGUCUCAUUACAGUUCUGUAAACUGUGAACUUUUCCCCUUAAGUUCAAUUGAACAUUUGAAUUUUGAUUAAAAAGUGACAGUCUGAUCAAAUACUUGUGAUCCUGUGCUUGUGACACAGCCAACAUCUCGUGCCUCAGGAUCUAAGCUUGGGGUUGUGCUAUAUAAUCUGUUUCCUGUAUUCCGUAUAGAGCGUUCCUAGGCUAAGAAAGCUAAGGCAGAGUCAAAACUAUCAAAAAUGGUCAUACUCUCACCAAGACAUAUGAGGGAACGCAAGGAUACUGUCAUGAGGGGAACAAGCCAAACUGGCACAGUAGGAAGGCGAAGCAGUGCUUAAGUACAUGCAGGUAGAACUCAUUUUUGUAUUAAAGUUGAAAUAGUAGCCCUGUAUCAGUAGAAAUAAGCUAGUGGUAGAAGUAGUUGUGGCAAUAACUGAGACAUGACAUUUUUUGGGAAUUCCUGUGGGUCCCGUGGGUCACGUGAUGGGAGUCAUUUUUUAAUUAAUCUCGUUAUCGGGACGGGACGGGGAAAUAAAAACAACGGGAGUGGGCAGGAGCGGGAACAACAUUAAUAGAUGAUAAUUUUCAGCCGUGUUAAACAAUCAGAUGAACAGAUGCGUCCAUUUUUGUAGUCAUCUCUCAGUAAGAGUCAACACUCUUGACCGCGCUAGCAACACAAAAGAACUACAACAGUGGUUUGACUUCCUGUUAGCCGGGAGCGCGGCUGCGCAUUUCUACCCUUUAAGCCAGGAGCGGGGAUACAUCAUUUUGUGACAUUCUGUUGUUUUUCAAUAUUUCUGGAGUCGUGGCAAAUCAAAUCACCAUACCCGUCUGCCUCUGAUAGGCGAAUAAAGCGCGGGGAUUCAUGCUCCGAUCUUGCUACGUGCUUCAAGAGUAAAGUAAACAACGAUGGAGGCAGAGAGCAGCUUUGGAGGAGAAACAUCCAGCAGCGUGAACAACCUCUUCAUAUGGAGUGCUUUGGUUCACACUAUUGGCGUUUUCUGUGUGUUGCAUGACAUGAGCACACUGUCAGCCAUAGAUUUAUUUAUUCAUUUUUCCAGUUUUAAGUGCUGGUCUUGGCACUAUACUAGGGCAGCUGUAUACCCUUUCAACACUUUAUUUUUUGUAUUUACAUUUGUGUUGAAUGGACACUUUGUCAUGACUUUCAAAGCAAAUAGUUUGUUAUUCUCCAGUGCAGAGUCUUUACUUUUAUUUAUACAGCCGCUUUAAUUCAUUUAAGUUUGUUUCUUCAAUGUUUUCAAAAAUGUGAUGAAGGUUCCGAAAAAUAAUAGAUAGCUUUUUUGAAAGCCACACCUGUAAGCCUGUAAGCUCUCAAAUACUUUUUGAAUUCUGUUUCUAUCUGUGACAGAGGCUGAGAUAUCAGCCUUUUUUAAACCUCAACAGUUAAGAAAACUGUUGGAGGGGGUCUCGCCCGGGGAGUAAUUUAGUCUAGAACCGCCACUGUAUAUGCACUUUGUGUACACCGACCAAAUGUCAGGCAUGUGAAACUUAAAGGCAGUGCCUUUUAUAUGCAGUGCACUUUUACUUAAAUAGAAAAUGCAACGUUUUUCAACAUGUUAGGUUUUAUUCAAACGGGAGCGGGACAGGAGUGGGAGUAAUUUUGAGUGGGAGCGGGAUGGGAGUGGGAGUCAUUCUACGGGAGUGGGACUGGACGGGAUUAAUUCUUGUACUCUAGUCCGGGAUUGGAAUGGGACAGGAUUUUUUCUCUGGGAGUGGGACUGGACAGGAGUGAAAAUCCGCUUCCGUGUCAUGCUCUAAUACAAACUCAGAAUAAGUCUUUCCUUUAGUGCAGUAAAUCAGUAAAGUAUUUAUAGUCACCAAGGAUUUUUCACUUAGCAUGCAUGUUUUACCGGUUAGAUGGAAGCCUGGGUAUUAUGGCUAUGCCCUUAUUAGCGGGGCAGGUAAUAGCAUAUUAUAGGAGAAUCGUUCACUUGCGGAUAAAAGCACCAAGAUUGGCACCCAUACUCCUUAGGAGUUCAAAUUUAUCAGAAUAUUAGGAUUCUGGGACUGAUAUGUGCAGUGAGGACACAUCCUUGCCCACGCCCUCCUUGCAACCCCCCCCCCCCCCCAACAACACUAAGAUUUAGGCUACCAACCAUUUUACUCGAGUCUCACAUGAUGUAGACCUAAUUAGGAUCAGAAUAUUAGGAUUCCGGGACUGAAAUAUGGUAAAAGGAAGCCAGUAAGUAAGUCCAUGGGUCCAAAUUUGGUUUCUGCAUAGUGGAAAAUGUAUGAUUUGACACCAAGAUCAUCAAAAUAAGACAAGUCUAUGGGAUUUUAUUGCAAAAUGCAAUAUUACUGUAUUUUCAAUGGUGGCCAUCUUGAAAAAUGGCCGCCAUCUUGAAUUUUCAUUUGGCCUGACGGAAAUAUCAAAAGAGCAACUUUUAAGGAGUAUGUGUGCCAAUUUUGGUGCUUUUAUCCGCAAGUGAACGAUUAUUACAGUUAUCUGCCCAGCUAAGACGCUUCCAUCAGCAUGCAUGAUUGGAGCAUAAAGUUUCAUUUUAUGUUCUACAUAUCCCAACAUCUUACAUGUCUCCCAAGACUGAUCAAUUUAUGCUCUGAUUUUUGCAAAAUAUCUGGUUGCAAAAUAAACAUAGGAACAGUGAGCUGAUGCCUGCUGGUGUUAACGCUGAUCAGGUCACUUUGGGCACAGUCCCUUUUAAAAGUAGUCCCAAUUUAAAUAUGUGGGGAUGUAGCAAUCAAGACAACCCUGGGUGUGAAACCCACACAUUCCUCAGAGGAAAGUUUCCUUAUCUGGUCCCAGGAAACAGGAUAUAAAUCUUUCCAGACUUGUGUGCACUUUCAGGUUACCUAACUGACCCAAGACCGGAGGUUGACUAAACCUCUGACUCUUCACGAUUGGUCGAUUCGGAGAACAGAGACAGAGUUUUUAUUACCUUUCAAACUGACUCCAUCGCUGACCAUCUAAAUAAACAUUAACGUCUCAACCCAGAUCUCCCAUUUGAGAUUUACCUUCUUAAAGUGUGUGAACAUACGGACCCCAGGAUAAGGGGGGACACUGACCUCCAGACCUCGGUCGUAAAACCCUGCUCGACCAUACACUGAUAAAGACUGCAUUCCUUUGGUGAAAGAAUACAAAUGACUGAUCCUGACAUCUUAUGCAUUCAGCAAUGUACUAAUCUGUCUAAUCAUGAAAUUUGUGUUAAAAUGAGAUGUUUCCCGUUUUUCUAUGUGCUCCAGAAGCCGAGUUAUCGCUCUUUAGUUUCUUUAGAACAAAAGCUUUUCAGACUGUUUCAUGAACUGUUAAGAGGUAAAUUUAUUGACUAUGGAUCAUAACUUACUCUAUGAACACAGAAAUAGUUUAGAAAUGUUUGGUUUAUAUUGUAGAUGUUUAUUUAGUAUUUUUAACCAUUAGGUGGUUAUAAUGUCAUUGAAUAACCUGAAUGUGAGUAUUUAGAAUCCAUUAUUAAUCAUGAUGAAGUUCAUUCACAUGUGUUUACUCUUUUGUUGUUCACAGUUUCCAUGUGUUACUAUCUGUUUCAUUUCAGAGUAAUUUAGCAUGUUCAAUGUGAUACUUAAAACAUGAGAAUGUUUGAUGUGAUCCUACACUUCAUUCAUAUGUGUUUAGUAUCAAAUUAUUGAUCAUGAAACCUAGCAUUCAAUGAUAUUAAUCAUAGUGAGUGAGUAUCAGAUCUGACUCUUUUACCAGCCAAAAGAAUAAGUUAGAUCAAAUAAUCAGAGAUUCCACGACCCCUCCUUUCUCCUCACACACACACCCCGGAAACACUCCCAGUAGGCCUGAACGAUAUAUCGUUAGACUAUCGUCAUCGCGAUGUACGUGUGUGCGAUAGUCACAUCGCAGAGCCUGCGAUAUUGGAGGUGAAUGAACUCAUUUAAUUUCAAGGGUAACCGACUGAGAUACACUCCAUGUGACUCUGCAUGUGCUGUGCAGCGAUCCACCAAUCGCCUUCGUCCUUAACUCAGUUGCCAAUCAGACUCACUUCUCAGUUGCCAAUCAGACUACCCUGCCAGCUGUCAAUCAAAAUCAGGGAGGAGAAAACCCACCCCUGCACAUGUUCUGCACAUGGAGGGAGACGUAUAUCCGCUGAGAAUUACUUUCGGAACUUUACUCAUGACUAUUAAGCCCAACAAAUAAGAACUGUAUGGGUUUUAAAUUGUACAUUUCCGUGGACCACUCUACUAUAAGCAGUGCGCGUUUUGCGAGGUGCAUGCAAUUCUCGGAGGACAUGCGUUUCUCGGCACAACACCGCUAACAACAACAACAACAACGAUCGCAAAAUGAACAACGAACAAGCGAAAACCACCGAAAAUGAAGAUCUGUUGCCAAAAAGAAAAGGAAAGUCAGUUAUCUGGAAUUAUUUCGGUUAAAAGAAGGAUGAUGUCGACCAAAACACGUCUUCUGUGUUCUUCUGUUGCCACAAUAACGUCCCAGCACAAUAAAAGCUAAAAAUAUCUCUGAGACAGACAGAAGCCGUUCUACUAACAUUCACAAAAAGAGGUAAGAUCAGAGCAGAUUAACUGUCCUCAAGAUUUCAGCAGUGCAGCAUAACAUUAAGUGCUAUUCAGGUCAUCUGGUGAAAAUACUGUAUUUUUAAUAUCGCAAUAUAUAUCGCAGGGUUGAAAAAAUCGCAAUAUUAUUUUUUUCCAAUAUCGUGCAGCCUUAACUCCCAGUGUGAGAAGAUGAAACCAGUGAAGUGGGGUUGCUCAAUCUCUUGUUCACUCUUAUUCUCUCUAGACUCUUGUACCUUCUCUUCUGCCCACACCCUUCUGUGGUCAUCUUCUUCUUUGUUCCCUCUUAGAACUUUUUCUUAGUCUUCUAAGUUUUACACCACGUGUUGAUUCACGUUGAUUUUUCUUUAACAUCGUCUUAGUUCAAGUUUUGAAACUUCAACUUUUUGUGCACAUAGCAAUUCAAGAUUAAGCCUUUGAUUGAUUUUUCUUUAAUUUCGCGAAGCCAUUUUUGAAAGUUUUCUCUGCUCUUUGAGCCUCGUUUUUCUGAGUUUUCUGCGUGAUCUCAAAGUCACCUCUGAACGCAACCCAGCAGGCCCAGGUCAUCCUCUGUGCCAGAGUUUUUUAGUGAGACCAAAGAAGUACCCAAACGAGCAUCCACAGGAUCCACAGGCGCUGGCUUUGCUUCGGGCCAGAGUGCUGCAACUCCUGGCUCAUCCUUCGGCUGACUUCAGUCGUCUUCUGAGCUGAACCGCUCGAACUGCCAGUAGCCCCGGACCUUUUGAACCUGCUCCAUCUUCUCCAAGGACCAGUCUCACUUAAGUAUGCAAACCUCCAGAGCUCCAAAGAGGGCUGGUGCUGUCUCCUGCGUUCAUAGCUCAGAUAUCCUCUUAUUCUGGUAAUCUUAGAUUCCUCCAAAUCCACAUCCGAGUUUAUCUCGACACCAAAGUUAGUGUAGGUUAAUAUGUUAGCGCAUAUUCAGUCACUAUCAUUAACUUUAGUGCUCCUAGCCUGACUCAGAAUCUUUAUUUAUUCACCUAUUUUUAUUUUAUCUUUAUUAUCUUAUCAUCAUUUAUUGCAUGUAUGUUGUACCAUCAUUUAUCCUGUAAUAAACAGAUCAUUAUUUUUCUAAGUUCCUGACUGUUAGUGUUCUUCCAGAAGUGGAGUCCCUGAAAUUAGAAUUUCGACUUAAGAUAUGAGACUGAUUAAUUAAAACUGACUUGAUGUUUGAUUUCUGAAUUAAACUUUUGUUUUUCUUUAUUUUCCCACCAUUAAGGGUGGGUGGUGCCCCUUUCAACGAGUGCAUAAAUGUCAUAAUUUGAGAUUAUUAAUCUUCAGACAUUUAUUAUAAAUUCCAAUCGCUACAGUAUAUUUUGGUGCGACCGUGUGAGGCUCAUUUAAAUCACUACAGGGAUAAAGGUCACAAGGGUUUAAAUGCAGGUAAUUAUGAAUCCUUAUUGUUUGAUUUGAAGUAUAUAAUGUUGGGACCCCAUGCCUCUCUCUUUAUCUCUGAAAUUGGAUGGAAGAAUCACUACAGUAAAGAUGAGUGUAUUAUCUAAAUUUCUGUAUUGCAGUGUCUUCUUUUCUUCUAAACAAAGUUUUUUUUAAAUUACUUCAGGCUUGAUAUUAUAUAUAAAAAAACACCCCAGGUCCAAGGAACUAUAUUGUAGAGACCUUGUGAUAUAGCAGCCUUGUUAAACUCUAAAUUACCAAACAGUUUCUAUCUUCACUUCUGUUUAUUUUACACUCAGUCAAAUUGGAAAUACAUUUAAAACAGAUUUUUUUCCUUUAAUGACCUAUCACAGGCUACACCCGUACCAAAGAGUUCACAGUUAACCCCUCUGUGAUGCAUGGGGUUUUACUUCAAACACACACACAGCUUUCCACCGGGACCAAUGUCAAACUAAGUCUUUUGAAUAUAACUUUACUACUAAAAAUGUUAUGAGAGUGAUUUUUGAACUUUUGGACAAGCAUAAUUGGGGUUGGAGUUCUUGUUCGUGUUGACCUUAUAUUAUGAAAAGAGAAACCAUGAUCAAAAGAGAUUAUGAACCGAUGGAAGUCAUGUCGAGCUUUCAUUUAAACUGAAUAUGAGUAGUGUUGCUUUCUGCUGAUUCCUGUGGUCUGUCUCAUCCAUUUGCCUCGUCCCAUUGUUCCCUUUUCCUCCACUUAGUCCUCUGUCUCUGAUCCCAUGCCAUCCAUCAUCACAUGUCCAGCCAUAAACCUGUUUUGUGAUAACCUUUGGUAUGAGGAAAUGCAAACAUUUAGGCUGUGGUGAAAUGGAGUUAUUUAAGUUUGCGUCAGUUUGCGUCAAUGCAACAGGCCUACAGUACCCCUGAUUGUAUAAUGUAAAGUUGUGUUGUUUAAGCACAGGUACUGCAAAAUUUUGAAACAUGGAUAACAACAGUUUCUCUUUUUUCAUCCAGACAGUGCUUCUGUGUCUCUUCCUUCUCCAUCUUCAUACACACUGUCACACCAUCCUACCCACUAACUGGCUGCUAGGCAACAUGGCCCUCUGAAUGGGGUGUAUUUUUAUAUCUAUGUGUUCAGAGCUAGAGACAGUGAAAAGCAUCCUUAAUGUACUUUGGUUCUUCGGCUCAGGUUUUGGUUGAUAUGUCUUUAAAAUUAUCCUCACUGUCUUUACAUACCAUGUCCUGAUGUAACUGGUAUUCAGGAGGAUCAUCAUUUUUUGUUUUCUUUUAUGCAACACAGUAGAUACACCAGUCACACAAAAACAGGGACUUAGUCGUACGUUGCUGCAGCGGAUUUCCAUCACAUUCACAAUAAACAUGCAAACAAUAAGUUCAACAAAAUGCCCUCUCAAGUGGUCAAAAUGUGGUGUAGUGCCAUCUUGGUAAUUAAACCUUAUUAUUUUUGUUUGGCAGUUCAAGUUUGUGGGUCAACUUCAGCCUGAUGAAUCAGGUCAUUUAUUGACAUUUUGACACAACCAGUGUGAUAUCGGCUCUCAGAAGGCCAAUAUCACUAUAAUCUUUUCUUAAUGAAAACACAUCUAUUUAUCAACCCCCAUUAACAGCAUAUUUAAUCUAAAGCAGUCUUUGAAUGGUGGUUUUUAUUGUAUUGUAAUAUUUAGUAAUGACAGCAGUAUGAACCAUGUUGAACAACCUACAGCAAAACUCAAUAUCUGUGUCUCUUUAUCUUGAUUCAUUAAAAAUCCAUCUGAAAUAUACUGUAUUUCUGGCUAAGACAACCACAUUUUUUAAUGAAUCUUGUAUAUAUUAUUAAUAUUUUUUCGUAUUCAUAUCAUUUUCAUAUCUUGUGUCAGUGCAGAGUUAUAAACAAUCAAAUAGAAAGUGUGAACAUGUGACACGUUGCCCAGCCAUCGGGUAAGUUGUCUCACUACAUGGGGUCACAGUGGAUUUUGCAGCUAAUAAAACAAGGACAAAAUUAUUGUUGUUCCCCCUUUUUUUUUACAUGAAAGUGAACAUCAAAGUCAGGCACAGAAAAUGUUUAUCAUUGAGCCAGAAAAGUCAUUGAACAUAGCCAUUGAACAAACGUUUCCAUAAAAUAUUAUGCAACAUGCUCUGGAGUUUGGAGAGCUGUUUGAUUCUGUAUUACGGCUGGGUGAAUGUUUUGCAGUACCGAGCCAAGGUAUGGUAGUUGACAUUAAACUUCUUUAUUGUACUCCAGAUUGAUUUAUUAGCUAGGGCCACCUGCCUGCCCUCAGCAUCACAUCAGGAACUGCACUGCCAUGGUCUUUUUUUCCUUCAAGAUUCCUGACCAUGUCCUCUCACUUUCUCCUCCCUUUAAACCACUCUUUUCUCUGUAAAAGUAAAGUCAAAAUUUCUGUAUGACAACUGCUGAUAAGCAGACUCUCUAUCUUAAUUUAAUCCCUUUAAAACAUGUGACAACUAACCCCAAAAUGACUGAGACAUAUUGCCCCAAACAACUAUGUCUGCUUAUUAAAGCUCUAGCUUAAGGUUAGCUUAAAACAUAACAAUGACUGAGGUAUGAAUGGAUACCUUAAUCUCUCCUCUAACAAGUCCACAUGUUACACUGCUAGGAUUUUUAUCCGGAAAAAGCUUAUAUUAAAAUAUGUUAAGUUCAAAUUUUACUUUGGGUUGUGCAAAAUGGUUUAUUGUUGCUCAUCUCAGCUCACAAUGUGCUAUUCUCUUCUCAGACAGGACACGGCCCCUGACAAUGGAAAGGAAGAAAACUAAUAUUCCACUUUUUAGUUGCACCCUCUGGUGGCAAAGAUAAUUGCAAUGUGACAACCUACCUGUGUGACAACAAGCCCCCGGUCUCCCCUACACCUUGAUGGGACUAGGUUGGACCCCCUUUUGCCUUCAGGGCAGCCUUAAUUUGAUUUACAAUGUGAUAUUUUCAUUACAUAUCCACCACAGACUGACCUGCCCUCUCAUUAUCAGUAUCAGAAUUAGCCACUGAAAAAUUGAAAUUGGCCGGCCCUUACUCUAGAGUAGGGUGUGUGAUAUUGACAAAAACUGGUAUCUUGAUAUUUCUGAGGAUUUUAGGCCAAUAUGUCAUAUUCCUUAAAAACAUGCAACGAGUAACUGAAGUGGUCCAUCAAAAAGGAAUGAUAAAGAAUUCACCUCUAAAGCUUCAACAGUUUGUGUCAGUUCACAAAGACUGAUUGAGUGAGUGUUGUGAUGUAACACAGCAGUAAACAUGACCCUGAACCAGCUUUUUAGGAACAAGCUGCAGCAUCAAAUUCAAAUGAAUAUUUGCAAACAACAACAAAAAAAAAACUAUAAAGCUUAUCAGUUUAAACCUUAAAUUUUUUGUCUUUGUGAUGUAUUCAAUUGAAUACAGGUGGGAAAGGAUCUUAAAAUUGUAAGAAUAGGGGUUUGUGAGUAAAUGUAAAAACAAAAUCACUGAGAGCACCAGAUAAAGUACCGAGAUCAAACGACAAUGAUUAAAGCUUUUUAAAGUGCCCCCGUUGGAUUAAUUCAUGCAAUAUUACUCAAAUACCAACAAAGCUAGUAUUUCAAACUUGUACUUUAACAAGAUAUAAAUCCAAGGAAAGUAAGAUAACCAUCAUAACCAUCAUACAGUUCUUGGUUUUGAAAUCACAAAUUUUGGUUCAUUUUUCAGUUCAACUCCUCAAACUUCUCUUACUUUACUGAAAGCUUACAGAACUAUAACACACUAUCUGAACUGAGCAGUUCAGGCUUGUAGGCCUGUAAGACUUUAUAAAGUACCAUUUUAUGGAAAACUCACCGAAAACUGAAUAAAUAAUGACAUGAUUUACAGUCAGUUAAUGAGUGUACUCCCUGCUCCCUCUGCCCCUCCUGCUCCUCACACUGUGCUCUUCUAUUUUCUGGUUCACGUGGGGACCUUUGAUCUGAAUAAACUUCAGCUCUCAUGCAUAUAUCCAGAUUUUCCAAACUGAGAGACAUACCCAGUUUUGUAAUUUCCCAUGCCUAGAACAAGUCUGACAAUAAAACCUCCAGUUUCAUAAAAGUUUGGGGCGCUGUGUAAAAUUAAGAUGGUAUAGGACCUGAUGGUUUUCAAAUCAACUUAAGCUUUACUUCAUUAACAGUAAUGUAAGUACCACAAAUUAAUGUUGAAACUGAAAAAUAAGACUGUUUCCUGAAAAAUAUAUGCACCUUUCAAUUUGACACCGGCAACAUUUUUCAUUAAUACAGCAACAGAAAUGGUGGUUUAAGUUCUUGGUUGAUUGAAGCAGUCCUACAACAGUUCUGGCACAGUCUAGAUAUAACUUCUCACAAGUUUUUCUGCAGUGUAUCAUUGCGAAGAGUUUGUGGAUUUUAUUAUCUACAGUAUGUAAUACCACUGAAAGAUUUAGAGGAUCUGGAGAAAUCUCUGCAUGGUGGGAAUAAGGACCAAAACCAAGCCUGGAGACUGACUCCUUGGCUCAGGUUAGGGACUGUGCCACAUGUUAAUCCAGGUACACAGUGCAGAUGUUGAGGUUGUAUUCUUGUUCUUGUCUUUGAGAUUUGUGGACAUUGAUGUUCUCUGUUAUGGUGGCUGUCAGACCUUGUAAAUAUAGAGCAUACACGCUCACCUGCUUUUGUGUGUGUGGGUAGAAUGAACUCAAAUACAUGCUUCAUGUGUAAGUGAGAUGGCCUGAAGUGAGCUGGAGUAAACCUAUAAUGAAGCAAUGUCUGUGCCAAAUAUACCAUAUAUGUUUAUACUAAAGAAAAAAAAAACUUUCUUGAGAUCAUGUUUACAUUAAAUGUUUGAUAUAAGUUUGCAAUAUUAGGCUGGACAAAUUCUGUGAGCAGGUUUUGACAAACUAUAUUGACAUGGUGAAAAACCCUGUUAGACUGCAGUAGAGGACUUUUUUACUCCAGAUUUUUCCUUUAUAUCUCUAUGGACAAAAUGAUACUGAAGGAUCAGUAAGCAUAGUCAAUCCUGAAGGAAUCAUUACUUUGGGGUUUCUUUUGUGGCACAUCUGUCACUACCAAAAGUUCCAGGUUUCUUGAUAUCUUUAGCAGUGACUAACCCCAGCAUAAGGCAGUCUGUAUGAUCUACUAGAGAAAUACUACAGUAUGUUUAGUCUCUGCCUGCAUACUACUGUUCACUGAUUUAUUUCAUCUAAGCAGUGCAUGAGUGUGGCUACCACGGUUAGAGGCAACUGCAGGACCUGUUGCACAUAAGUCUUUGGAAGCAGAAGGUCAAGAAGCCAAGUGGAUGUUGUGAAGAUUGAUUUCAAAUCAUAUUGAAAUUAUACUCAGCUUAAAAUAACACAUAGCUUAGAGUUAAAGUAAGUGGUGAAGUGUUAGGAUUCAUAAAUGCUAUCUUAGAAGUGGAGUACAAAAUAUUUUCUUUUCAACCAUGUGCUCAGAGAAACAUUUUUGCCAACAGGCUGUGCCGGGAACUGAGACUAAACGAAGGAUGGAGGUGAGAAUCCAGCAGAUGAUGAGUGGAGCUUUUUGCAGCCACCUCUUCUCGAACAUUUAAGUCCACUAAGAUGAACGAAAAGAUUUCAAAGCAGAGGAGUUUGUGUACUGAACUUGCCAUGAGUGUUGUUCCUUUGUUACACAGUCAGACUUUUCAGUCCAAACGCACUCAGUAUUGUCUUUGUAUUCAAAGGUAGUCCUGGUCUUAAUGCUCCUACACUGAUGUUUAGAUGGAGGGAUCAUUUGGAUGUUUGUGGUGCCUUUCCACAGUUUGUGUAAUUACCUUUUAUUUUUGCAGUUUUUACAGCAUGUUUGUAAAGGUGGGGUCUUAAAACAGUGUUUAAAUUGGAAUCAGUUGCUCUGUAAUAGCAUCUCAUGAAUCAAAAUGAUAAUUGUCUUGUUAUGAAUGUUUGUUUAAGAUCAUACUGGUUAUCAUUUGAUUUGUUUUCUGUUCAGAAAGAGUAAUAUUUGUCAUACAUUUCUAAAUUAAGAGCUAUUUUGGGGUUCUUGCAGUACUUGAAUAUCAGCACAUUUUCAGUAUACUGUUAAGGGGUUUCAUCAACUCGUCGACUAGUCCGCUUCUUGACCACUAGUUGGUGCUGUAGACAGUUGUCAGCUGGUUGAAUGGUCAGUUAUUUUCAUGUAUGCUUUACAGCAAAUCACCAUACAAGUUCUGAACCUGAGCUUGCUGGCAAACUCAGAGAAGCUAAGGACAUAACGGGUACAACACAAAGUCUUUUCAGUGAGCGAUGGUUUAUAUUUAAUUUUGAAGUAUGAUUUUAGUACAGCACAUUUAAAAUGCAGUAAGUACUCAGUACAAAGUAAAAAAAUAGAUAAAAUGAAUUUUUUCUCUACCUGGGAAAUCCUCCCUCAGAACAAAACAAUUACGUUAACUGAUUCACCGUCUUAUUGUCAUGCUGUAAGAAGCUUUUUAGAAAGAGCUGUGUGACUUGGACAAUAAAUAGUAAUAACUAUCUUGUUUUUAUUUUCAUAUUUGCUGUAAUUUCCAUAUUAGGUACCCUGUCCUUUGGAGAACUCAUCAUGGUUAAUGCAAACUUCUUUAUUCAAACAGUAUUUCUGACCUCCACUGCAGCCAAAGCUGACUUGAUAAAAACUCCUUCUCUAUUAUCCAAAACAAAGUUCAACUGAAUGGAGACACAUUUAAGUGACUCAUCACAUUUUGAAUAAUGAACAUCAGCACUUUUUGAAACAGUACCCUGAGCAAGUGUUAACUUUUGUAGGGCACUUUUUUAAACACAAACAUUAAUUUUUCUGUGUUGUUUUUGUCAUCCUUGUAGCUCCCUAUCCUGGCAUCCUCUGUUGUCAGUCUUUAUUUCCUGGAGUUGACGGACAUCUUCCAGCCGGUGCAUUCUGGGUACAGCUGUAAUGACCGCAGUCUGUCUCUGCCGUACAUUCUGCCCAGACAAGAAGUCUGCCCACUGCCUCUGCUCUUCAGCUUGGCCUUUGCUGCACCUACAGCCACUGUGAGUAAUCCUUUUACUGUCUCCCCGCUGGCAUGAGUUAUCUCCAACCUAGUUAUUUAUAUAAAGUGCUGACUGGGUUGAAAACGGGACUGCAAGCACCCUGUUACAUUUGUGGACAUAUGCCAUAUUUGUUGUGCUCAUUUCAGUUUUCAAAAUUGACCACAUGUUCUGUUUUCAUGGUAUUUCAUUAAUAACAGCUUGGUUGUGGCUGCAUAAGAGAGUGCUUUCAAAAGUUAUACUCUCAUUUUCACUUUGUCAGAAAUUUUUGAAAAUAAUUUUAUCGUAAAUAUAAGCCUUAGAGAGGUCUCAUUAUCUUAAAACAGUCAUGGGAUUUUUAGAAAAGAUUUCCACUGCAGGUUCACCCAAAGACAUUCAGCAUUUCGCUGAUUUCAAGUGUUUUGAAUUAAUGCUGGGAACAGGUCAAACAGGAAGUUCCCAGAGGUUGUUCCCUCAGAGACAUUCAGGAUUUUGGUGUGAGUUUCUUCAUGCAGUCAUUCUUUUUAGGUGACUGAUUAACAUAAAGACCAAAACAAAUUAAGAAUUACUGAUGGCUUUUGUUACUUUAUAACCUAUUGUGAGUGUUGUUAUUAUAUUACUAUAGGUAACUCAAUGUGGCGCAUGUCAUUGUCUCAGCUAGAAGAAGAAAUGGCAAUUUAAGCAUGUCAUCUUUUCUGGGGAUACAAAAGGAGAAAGGCAUCAUUUUAUAGGAUUUUAUAAACUAGACUAUUCCUUUUUAGGGAUGGAGAUCAAUAACCGGGUCCAUUAAAUAGCUGAUGAAGCAUGUUUGAAAACCUGACAACCAAUAAGUCUUGAGCUAAUCUGGUUCAAAAUUUAUACUUUGAGUUACAUGUUUAUUGAAUCAGUGGUACACACGCAAUAAUAGACUCACUAUUAAUGUUUAUGAAGUGAAACAGGUUCAAAAUUUCAUGAAGGUCAAUGGCCAGUUGUGAUGAUGGCUGAAUGUCCGAGGAGGUCCAAAGUGAUAGCAAAGCUAAGAUGGGAAUGAGGCGAAAUGCAAUCUAUGAUGCAACAUGAUUUUCCUGCAAGAAGAGAACAAACCUUCAUGGUUAAGCACAUCAGCACUGUGCAUUAAGUCAAGCCAAAGCACCUGCAGAGCCUUUGAAUGUCUGUGACUUGAAACUCUAUCAACUCUGGACGCUGCUGCUGCAGAGCUGCCGUCCUCCUCUUCACCCAAAACAGCCAGACUUAAGCAGGUCCUGUUAGUUAAAAGUUGUGAUCAUGUAUGAUUAGUUAGCUGACGAGUUACAUCCAGCUAAUUAAAAUUAGCUGGAUAUAACUCAUAAGCUAACUAAUCAAGUGACAGAUUACAAUGUGAGGUGUUCAGGGUCAGGUUGGAAAAAAAGGGAAUUAGGCCAAAGUAGAAAGUUAUAAUAAUGUGUCUAAAUUUCAUGUCCGAAACAAGACAAAAGUAGAACAAUAUAGUGAAGAUUGGAUGGCAGUAUGGAUAAGAAUUAACAAUCCCCAUCCCUAACCCUUAUUUGAGUAAAACCACCAUCCUGCCGUGACAGCAGUGUCAGCAAAAAAGUCAACCCCAAUAUUUUGGUUCAAAAAUUGUUUAAAUAUCUUCUCCCAAAGUUAGCCACGGAACUGUAGAAGUCAGCAGUCUCUAUAAUGUUUCCCUGCAUGCUCUCCCACAGACUAUUGUUGAUGUGUUACAUAGCCUUAACAUGUAUAGCAUUAUUUGAGCUCUCUUUCUCAAACUGUCUCAGCCUCCAUCACAGCUGUCUUUGAUUGUUUUCCCGCACUGAUUAGCUAUUAGUCAGCUGCUCAUUGUCUCUCACCCUCACUGCAUUUGAGUACUUGUUCAGUAACCAUGGUAACUAACACCUGAAGCUCAGUUAAGCUGUAUGUCAAAAUGUCUGACAGAUGGAAACAAACUCUUCAAUGACGGCUGGAUGGCACAUUAAAAUCCUGUUAUAACAGUUACAUUGUUUACAAAAAAUUAUGAUAACUUUUGAUAUAUGUUAAACUGCUCAGACUGGUAAUACCACUAAACAAGUAAUUACUAACUUAAUUUUGAUAAGAGUUCUUGUUGCAGUCCUGUCCUCAUGGUUAACUAUGGUUCAUUAUUUUGCAGUUGUUUCAUUUGCAGACACUAACUCAUGUCACACAUGGACUGUCCUCUGGUUUUCCAGUGCCUGUUUCCUGUCUGUAAGCUCUAAAUGUGUUGAGGCCCGUCUAGCUGAUGGAUGAAUAGACCACCUCCUGGUGAUGCCUGUGCAAUGCAGCAGGCCCUAUAUUGAACUCACACAUUUGCCUCCAUUGUAAUGGGGUCUAAUGAGCAGCAAUCUGCCUUCUGUAAGAAUGAGAUAUCCCAAACGUUACAAAGGAGUUUUUAUUUGUAUCUCCUCUGUAACCACCAGUGCAUCAAUCUGAAGUCAUUUGUUUUAUUUGUACUUAUUCACGAGUCACUACACUACUUUUUUUUUCUAAAUGAUUAUUAUUCAUACCAACCACCUACUUAACCUGGUUGUUUUCUUUCACAAGUUAAAAGGAGAGGUUUGACUCAGUAUAGAUGUGCAGAGGGCUACCUUUUGUCCAGAGCUUUUUCAGAUGCUUUGGAGUUCAAAGAAAUCAGGCUGUGCUGGUUUGUGACCAACUGUUUGAUUAGCAGAGCUCAGUGUUGUUACUGGAUGCUAGCUGUUUCUGAUGAGAGGUGCACAGUGAGUCUCUGCAGGAAUUGGCCACUUUAAGAUUAGCUGUUGUGGUUGUGUGUGUCUGUGCAGGUAUGUGCACUCACAACAAGUGUGUUCCUCUGGCCAAAAACAUGAAAAAGGUGUGCAUUCAUUCCCUCUCUAGACUGAUUCAGGUGGGCAAAGCAUGCAAACACAGUAUCCUUUCUCAAGUAGAAGGAAGUAUUAAGUGAGUAAUCAGUGUUGUGUUUUACAUAUUCAAAUUUAUAGUGUGUGCACAUUAACUGUGAUGUAACUUCUGAAUCGGCACAAGUCUCUUUCUGUCUUUGUGUGUAGAUUCUGAUUGGAGAGGCCAUUCUCUACUGCUAUUUAUCGAGAAGGUCAUCUGCCACACAGACUGAGGCCAACAUCAACGCUGCAGGCUGUAAUUUCAACUCCUACAUUCGCAGGGCUGUACGCUUCAUAGGUGGGAGGAGUCAUGCUUACAUGCAUAAUUUAUAAACGAACAAGGAUAAAGAUAGACAACAGCUAUAGAAGUUUUAUAGGAAUUUGAAUGUAAAGUUGCUCUUGGUCACAUUUUCACCUCCUCAGUGCUCUCUUCAUAUAAGUGUUGUACUGUUUCAGGUGUCCAUAUAUUUGGCCUGUGUGUAACAGCGCUGAUUACUGACAUCCUCCAGCUGUCGACUGGGCAACACACGCCUUACUGGUUGGAUGUGUGUAAACCUAACUUGACCCACAUUAACAUGUCCACCUGUGAUGAAGCUUUUAUUCUGGAAGAUAUCUGUUCAGGACAAGACGUUGGGCUAAUUAAUGCUGGAAGGUAAGAGCUCAUUUUUUCAGCAGCACUGGUAGAAGAUGUUGUUGACCCAGAGGAUGCGUAUCAAUGUUGUGAAACAUAUAUUAAAAUUACACAAUCGUUGUGUGCAAAUACAUUACAAAUCAAAUCACACACUAUAACACUAGCUACAUUAAUCCAAUUUGAAACAGAGCUUUUUACUUAGGACUUCUAGACUUUAAAAUGUUGACUGGAUCAUGAAAACAAGAAGAAACAAAACAGCACAUCUUUACUCCUUUAAAUCUAUUUAUCUGUUUGACUCUGUCCUUGUUUUUAUCCAAUGUGAAGAGAGAGUAUGUCACCUAAAACAGCCCUAGUCACAAAAGCAGUUGUUAUGUUUGUUUAGGCACAGGUGAAGAUUGCACUUUACUCAUUUGAUUACAGUCUGGCCUUUGUAAAAUGGGAGUCUGCAGCGUUGAAGCUCACUUCCAACCACUGGCCAGUGACCCCACAGCAUCUGGCCUGACCUCCUGUGUAGGAAUAUCCUUAGCUGGACCGCAACAUUUUUUCUUUUUCAACUCCCUUUCAACAUCCAAUGACGGCUAGCCUCUCUUCUUCUUUGAUGGUUCUUGCCUUGCAUGCAGAGUACCUGUGCAAUAGAUAUUCUGAAAGCAAGCAAAUCUCUCUUCUUCCUAGGGACACCCGCUGACUCACAAUCACGUCACUACAACAACCAGCUGUUGACAAUUACCAUAUCCACAAAGUGAAAAAAGAACCCAUGGAAAUAUCUUUUUUUUUUACCUUAUGUGGAUGCAGUAAUAUGCAACUAGUGCAUCAAGAGCAUCAAGACCACCCAUGAACUUGUUGUACAAGCAGAUGAUGCUUUAGCAUUCCACAGACACUUGCUGUUUCAACUUCCUAUCCUACCUUUCUACAUUAGAAACAGGCAAAAUUGUUGGUACCUAUCACCCCUCUGUUGUAGAACCAUGUGACUGCUCUCAUCUCCACAUUGUCUCCAACAGCCUUUUGCUCUUCAAAUGUCCCUCUUCUGAACCACCAGAAGUGGUUCAUCUCUGUGUCUGCACUAAAACUGCACCCUUCUAGGCGAAUUUGCUAUACAGUCCCAGGGGCCCCCAUUUUGCAAAUGUAACAAACAAAUUCAAGGUGGAAAACCAGUUGUCAAAGUACAGCAGGUGAUUGACAGCACUGUAAAUAACGUGUGCUAUGUUUCCACUUGCCCUAAUGUCUGGUUUUCCUGGUGCAGGAUGAAUUCUCCCUGCAAGUAUGUCAAAUGAACGCACCAGGCCCACUGUGUCACAGAGCACAAAGAUUUUGUAUCCACAUUUGUAUGGCUCGUGGGGGAUAAAUUGCUUCAAACUUGAUCUGCCUUUGAAUGGCAGCAUUUGCUCAUCAACAGACAACAUUGGAACAUCACAUCAGCCACGUGCUGUACUCCACAUGCACUGGAUCAGAACAUUCUUGACCAGGGCAAAGUCAAAACACUCAUGUCCACUCCAGUCUCAGUAAACUGCUCCAAUUCUUUCUAAUCCAAUUUUAGAGCAUGAUUUCGAUUUUGUUGGUUGCUUUGUCCCACAGUACUCUCCAAAAGAUCAGCAUCAAAAAAGUAUCUGAAGUUUUGAAUAGGCAGACCGAUUGCAUUAGCAUCUGGAAGAGCACCUUGUCACAUUAGGGUGGCUUGUGCAGAAUUCUGCUGCUUCACUGACUGCCAUGCUACCUUUUGUUUUGCUUUGUGUCUUUCUUAUUGAGUUAAAGGUCGUGAUUCAUUUUCUUGAGAAUGUCCCUUGUUUUAGUCAGAGCGGAGUGUCUAUCAGAUGCAUAAUGGGAUGCCUAAACCUGAAGAAACCUAAAUCCCCUCAAGUGAAACCAGGUCAAAGACCCUGCUAACAAUUCUCAGGUGACCACCGACCCCUUUUCACAGGGGGAGGACCAACAGAAGCUAUAAAUUUCCGACUUUGGCCCCUGUCAUAUUAGAACUGAAAAAGUCUUUUGGAAGACAGGAGGAACAUCUUCAAGAACCUCAAACAUGUCCAGUUACCCUUUCAACAAAGAAUUGGAUUUGAAUGUAAAGCUUUUACCUAUUUUGCAGGACUGUUUGCUGUCCAUCUGUGCAGCAGGUUUAGGUCAUAUAAUAUAUAACUGGACUUGGGGGGAGGGUCCAUGUCUGAGAUGAUACAGUCUAUUACACAGACUGUCUCUUCUGAUCCUUCCAUUUAACACAUAUAGGCCAGAGGCUCCAAAGGGACGUACUUGUCUGUUUAUGGUUCUGUCAGUGAAAUUCCUCAUGACAAGUGCAGCAGGGCUCAGGAGGGGCUCUUUGAACAAACAUCUUUCUCCUCUGUGGUGUGUACAGUCAUGUUCUGAGCUUGUCUGCGCGUUCAAAUCUCCACACAGGAGGAUUUGGCCUUGAACUUGAUAGUUACAUAUUUCUAUUCAUGGGGAGUUACACAAGUCAUGAUAUGGUGACUGAUGAGUGAUAAAUGUGACUCUUUCUUACACACACAUACACACAUCUAGACACAAAUAUGCAUGUCCUUAUGCAUACAGUCCCAGUAUAAGUCUUAGCUGCUGGGAUUGAAAAUUUGCUCCCCCCUGCUUCAUUGUGCAGCUUAGUGUUUCUUUACUUCUUUCUCUUCAGUGCAGAGCUAUUUCAUAUUUAUGAAUGAAAUACAUCAAUGUCCCAUUACAAACAUGCUACAGCUUCCUUUACAUUGAAACAACCAUCGAAACCAGCACAUGGGUUUAUUAUUUCCUGUCAUACCUGGCUGUAAUCAAACUAAACCCAAACAAUAAAACUGAAAAGGAGACAGAGUGAACUUGAGAAUCCAGCAGACACCCAGGUCUAUGCAAAAUAGGAUAAUGAAUAAAGAUGAAGUUAACCAAACAAAUGUUGUGCUGGUUUUGUGAGGAAUGACUGUUUUAAACCUCUAAAUACCCUGCUCGGAUUAGGACAUGUAGCUUCAAAGCUAGAUGAGCAGUUUCUGUCAUGUUGCAUCAUUUUGAUUUGAUUUUAUGACUAUCAAGAUGCUCUGUCUGGUUUUAUUCACUGGAAAGUUGAAAUGACAUUUUAAAGGCAAAAAGUUUUAACUUAAUGGUCUAAAAUCUGUAGAAACCACUGAUCUACUUGUCUGCUAAAGGAAUUUCUUCAUGUGAAACAUUUUUAAUCCCCUCCUACUUUUAUUCAUCACUGAAGAUUUUAUGAGCUUCUCUGGUCAAACCCAGCUCAUGAGGGAAAAGGACGCAACAUAAAACCCUGGUUCAGUGAUGUAAAAAUAGUUAUUAUUGCAAAAAGAAAUUAUCAAGUACUGUUUAACAUAAAAUUGAGGUGAGGAACAGAGGUAUGUGGAGUGCUGUUGAAGGUAACAAAUAAACACAACAAAAGGCGACUCUAAACUAGAGUAGAAAAAUGUCACUUUCUGAGAUUAGUUUAAGACAGCAGUUAAAACUAAAUAAGGGGUGAGAGCUCCCCACCCUUACAAUUCCACAAAAAUAAAAAAGAAUAGAUACACAAUUUAAUCGCCUCCUCACGAAUGCCAACACAGAAUUCCUGACAAAGGAUUUCUGAUGGGCUCCAAUCAGCAGCCUCUUGAAUUUGCCGCUCCUCCCUGAUUGGUCCUGCAGACUCAGUCCAUUAACCAAUCAGCAGCUGGUUCCUGUAGUAUCAACAUCCUCUCACAGGCACACACAGACACUACCAAACAAGGUAAACGGGGCAACACAUAAAGUACACACCCAGUGCGGUGGCCGGCUGUGGCUGUAACAUUCUCCAAAACCAUCUUCGUCUCUGAGAUCCUCUUGCACAAUAUAGAUCCGACCUUACAUCAUUUUCUCUCAGGACAACAGCUGAAAUUUGAUUUGUGCCAUUCUCAGAAAGCAUCAGAGCUAGACCAACAAAGUGUUCAUGAUACUGGUAAUAACACUGGUUUCAGAGGGAAAAUGUACUACUUCCUGAGCAGGAACUUUUCAGGGCAUAACUCUUCUAUCUCAGAACUAAAUUUAGACCCCAGUUCCUCUGGUCCUAUGUUUUGAGGUAAGGUUCACAGUUCCUGAGGGAAACCCUCCUUUGCUUUCAUGAGAGACAUUUGAAGUUGUAGAUAUAAUGAUAAGCUUGACAUUUAAAUGCAAUGUCAGAAACAGCCACAGUAAAAUACUCUGUUAAGGUUAAAAUGAUCACAGCCCCUAUUAGGGAAUGGUUUGACAGGUGGUAGCUAUAGACCACCUCCCUCUCUUCAGAAUCAAAAUCAGAAUCAGAAGGGGUUUUAUUGCCAUUGUCGAUGAACAGGAUUCACAGACUAGGAAUUUGUGGCGUGAUGGUGCAACAAUAAACAGAGAGAAAUUUAAGAACUAGAAUAAAAACUAAUAAGAGCAUGCAAGAAAUAUAUAAAGUAUAAAAAUAUAAAAGUAUAAAAGGUUAUGUACAAUGCUAUGAGCAUGAAGUAUAAAAGGCUAUGUACAACUAAACAAUCUAGAACAACAGUGCAGUGGGAGGAGUGCAAUUAAAAAAUCCAAAGUACAUUAAACUAAAGUGACCAGUGAUAAAAGUGACGGAGUUAAAGUGACUGAGUUAUAAAGUGUUCAUGAGUCUAACGGCAGAGGGGAAGAAACUGUUUUUAUGGCUGGAGGUUCUGGUCCGAAUGGACCGUAGCCUCCUGCCCGAGGGGAGUGACUCAAAUAGUCCAUGUGCAGGGUGAGAAGGGUCAGCUGUGAUCCGACCUGCUCGGCCCCGAGUCCUGGAGACGUACAGGUCAUGGAGGGAUGGAAGGCUACAGCCGAUCACCUUCUCGGCAGAGCCCACAAUGUGCUGCAGUCUGUGUCUGUCCCUGACAGUGGCCCCGGCAUACCACACCGUGAUGGAGGAGCUGAGGAUGGACUCAGUGAUGGCCGUGUAGAACUGCACCAUCAGCUGGACCGGCAGCUUGGCUUUCCUCAGCUGCCGCAGGAAGUACAUCCUCUGCUGGGCCUUCUUGAUGAGGGAGCUGAUGGUUGGCUCCCACUUGAGGUCCUGGGUGAUGGUGGUGCUGAGGAAGCGGUAACAGUCCACAGUGGUGAUGGGGGAGUCGGUGAGGUCGAGGGAGGGCAGGGGGGCUGUGGCUUUCCUGAAGUCCACAAUCAUCUCCACUGUCUUCUGGGUGUUGAGCUCUAGAUUGUUGCUGCAGCACCAGGUCACCAGCCGGUCCACCUCCAUCCUGUAGGCAGACUCAUCUACAUCCAAAAUGAGUCAGAUGAGGGUGGUGUCAUCCGCAAACUUGAUGAGCUUUACGGGGUCAUGGUUGGAGGGGCAGCAGUUGGUGUACAGGGAGAAGAGCAGAGGGGAAAGUACACAGCCCUGUGGAGAUCCUGUGCUGAGAGCCAGAGUGUCCGAGACAUUCCUCCCCAGCUGCACAUACUGACUCCGGUCCGUCAGGAAGUCUGUGAUCCUGCAGGUGGAGUCAGGCACAUGGAGCAGGGAAAGCUUGUCCUGGAGCAAAGCAGGAAGGAUGGUGUUGAAUGCAGAGCUGAAGUCCACGAACAGGAUCCAUGUGUAGGUUCCUGGGGAGUCCAGGUGCUGCAGGAUGAAGUGCAGAGACAGGUUUAUGGCAUCGUCUACAGACCUGUUGGCUCUGUAGGCAAACUGCAGAGGGUCGGUGAUGGACUUCAGGUUGAAUAGAACCAGGCGUUCAAAGGUCUUCAUGACUACAGACGUAAGAGCCACCGUCCUGUAGUCAUUAAGUCCAGUUAUGCAAGGUUUCUUGGGGACGGGAACAAUGAUGGAGGACUUGAAACAGGCUGGAACAUGGCAUGACUCCAGGGAGGUGUUGAAGAUCCCCGUAAGUACUGGAGCUAGCUCGUCAGCGCAGUGUCUCAGAGUGGCAGGAGAGACACAGUCCGGGCCAGCAGCCUUGUGUGGACUCAGCCGCUUAAACACUCUGUUAACUUCCUCUUCAUGGACCGAGAGGGCAGCUGGGGGAGGAGGGAGGUCCAGAGUGGUUGGAUUUCCAGUUGUGUGAUCUCUGUACAUCCAAGUACAGAGAUCACUGUCACGUUGGAGCACCAGGCAUUGUUGAUGUAGAAGCAGACUCCUCCAUCUUUUGUUUUCCCACCGGAGAGUACACAAUCUCUGUCUGCGCGGAGGAGCUGAAAUCCCUCCAGUUGUAUGGCGCAGUCCGGUGUCUGUGCAUUUAGCCACGUCUCCGUAAAGCACAGAACACAAGAUGAGGAGAAGUCUCUAUUCCUCUUUAUCAGCAGUGCUAGCUCAUCCAUCUUGUUGCUGAGUGAGCGGACGUUGGAGAGGAAUAUCCCAGGUAAGGGCGUACGCGUGCCUCGCUGUCUGAGACGCGCGAGCACCCCAGCUCGCUUUCCCCUUCGCCAGUUAAGCAGCAGAUGCUAAAAAAACUGGCGUAAUAUCUGUAGGUGUAGUUGUGGCUGUAGCUUAUUAGAUGAAGUGGCUGUAGCUCUUCAUCCUUUCUGGAUCAGUCUUUGCUAGUUCUGCUUUUUACACUGUCCACUCCACUAGUGGAAACAUAAGGAGGUAUUUGCAGACCACAGAUGUUUCUCAGGUAGGGCAGCUCCUCCAGGAUGGCACAUCCACAUGCAAGUAGGCCACAAGGUUUGCUGUGUCUCUAAGCCCAUUGUCAAGAGCGUGGAAGAAAUACCAAGAGACAGUUUGGUACACUAGGAGAGGGAGACUGUAGAAUAGAAUAGAAUAGAAUAGAAUAUUCCUUUAUUGAUCCCCCAUGGGGGAAAUUUUUUUGCCACAGCAGCAUCACAGACAAAGGUAGUGCAAAAUGCAGUUAUGAAAAUAAAGAUCGUAAUAUUAAGAACUUAAAUAAAUAUUAUAAUGAAGAAAAAAAAUAGAAAAAGGAAAAAGGGGGAAAAUAAAAUAAAAUAAAACUAUAUACAAUAUACACAAUUUAAGUUCAGAAAAAAGUAGUGGUGUGAGUCCAUUUCUAUUACAGUUCGUUGUAAAGACUUAUUGCAGAAGGGAGGAAUGACCUGCGGUAGCGCUCCAUCUUGCAAGGUGGAAGUCUCAGUCUGCUGCUGAAGGAGCUUCUUAAAGCCCCCACAGUCUGGUGCAGCCUGGUCAGCUGUUAUGGAGAGGCUGGGGGUGGUACUGGAGGGGGUGGUGGAGGAUGAGUGGAGGGGGGUUGAUGAUGCCGGUGCCAUGGAACUGAGGUGAUGUGAAGAAGAAGCAGCAGAUAGGUCAUUGGUUUGAUGAGUCGGGGGAGGAGUGGGAGCAGAGUCAAAUCUAUUGAAGAACAGAUUCAGCUCGUUGGCCCACUCCCUGUCUCCUGCUCCAGGUCCCCUCUCAUGGCCCCUGCUAUGACCUGAGAUGGAUUUCAGGCCUCUCCAGACCUCCCUUGCGUUGUUCUGUUGCAAAAGGUUUUCCAUCUUGGUCUUGUAGCUGGCCUUUCCCUCUCUGAUCUUCUUCUUCAGCUCCUUCUGCACCCUCCUCAGCUCCUCCUUGUCCCCAGAUUUAAAGACCCUCCUCUUCUCCUUCUGGAGGACUUUAAGUUCCGGGGUCACCCAGGGUUUGCUGUUGGAGAAACACCGGACUUUCCUGGUGGGUACGUUGUUCUCAACACAGAAGUUUAUAUAGUCCGUGAUACAGUCUGUCAUGGUGCCGAUGUCAUCACCAUGUGGGCCGCACAGUACAUCCCAGUUUGUGGUCUCAAAACAGUCCUGCAGCGCCUCAGUGGCCUCCUCAGAUCAUCUCUUGUCGGGCAUUCCACAUACUGGCUGAAGGUAGGGAGAGUGGAGGACAGCGAUGCAUGAUUAAAGUCUCCAGAGAUGAUGAUCAGAGACUGAGGGUGCGAUGUUUGUAGCUUGGACACUUCACUAUAGAGGAGUUCACAGGCUGCAGCAGCAUCAGCCGAGGGGGGGAUGUAAACAGUUAACGCAAUGACGUGCGAAAACUCCCUCAGCAGGUAAUAUGACCGCAAACUCACAGCCAGCAGCUCAAUGUCCUUAGAGCAGCACUGCUCUUUAACACUGACGUGCCCAGCAUUACACCAUCUCUCAUUCACAUACACCGCUAUCUCGCCUGCUUUCUUCUUACCACUCUCCCUCACGCUCCAGUCCGCUCUGACGAGGUGAAAUCCGUCCAAAGUUACGAGCGGGUCCGGAGUGAGUUCGUUCAGCCAUGACUCUGUGAACAUCAUGAGGCUGCACUCCUGGUACUCCCACUGCAGCCGAGUCUGCACUGUGAGCUCUUCCAUCUUAUUGGGGAGAGACCUCACGUUUCCCAUGAUGAUGGACAGUUGGCUUAUAACGUCUCCGCUUUGUCCAAUGCUGAACUCCGGCUCUGCAUCCUCUCCUUCUCCUGCGGAGCUUAGCGGGGAUGUCCGGUCUCUCCCACGAAGAUGGCCGGGCUUGGCGCAGCGCCAACAACUGUUCCAGCUGUACACAAUAGAGCCGUUGAACGGGUCGCCAGACACGGACUUGAAAACUCCAAAAAGUAAAAGAAAACAAAGUGCCAGAGUCAUGAAAUGCACAUCCAUGAUUGGAAUAUGCAAAACACAACACUGCUAAAUAAAAAGAAAGACAAAUAAUGUGCAAAAAACAACAAUAAGAAGGCAAAAACGUAAAGUCUGUGAGGAGCUGCUGUGAAUUGCUGCAACUCUCAGGGCGCUCAGUUACAGCGCCCUGAGAGGGGGCAAAAUGACCUCCAGCAGACCACUUGUGUACAUGUUUCUGACCAAACUGUCAAAAACAGACUCCAUGAGGGCACCACAACUACAACUGGUGCCUCUGCUCACAGCCCACCACCGUGCAGCCUGAUUGGCAUUUACCAGUGAAAAGCAGAACUGGCAGAUUGGCUGUUAGCGCCCUGUUCUGCAGUGGACCCUGGGUUCCUUCUUGUCCAUGACAAAGCCUGAUCUCAUGUGGCUGGAGUGUGUCAGCAGUUCCUGGAUAAUAAAGGCAUUGAUGCUAUUGGCUGGCCUGUCUGUUCCUCAGACCUCAAUCCUAUCCAGCACCUCUGGGGCAUCAUAUAUCUCUGAAUUCACAGCUGCCACAUCAUACUACAGACUGUCCAGAAGUAGACCAAUGCCCUGAUCCAGGUCUGAGAGGAAGAUCCUACAGGAGACCAUCAUUCAUCUCAUCAGGAGCAUGCUCAGACAUUAUAGGGAGUUCACACAGGCAUGAGUAGGUCUAACACACUACUGAAUCACAUUCUGAGUGGUCUUAAGAAAAGUUGGGGCAGCCUGGGAUCUUAUUUUCCACCCUGAUUCUGAUUCUGAAUCCAGUCCUCGAUUUUGGUUUCCACUGAUCAUUUUUACAUUAUUCUGUUCUCAAUGAAUUACCCUACAUAAUCAAUGAGGAUCUUUUCACUGGAGUAUCUCAUUCAUCAAGAUCUAAUAAUUUGUUAUGUGACCAACCCUUUGACCACAAAUCUGGUCACAGCUCGGUGACAUUCGUUUAUCUUUGCCUCUGUCAUUUUACUCUUCCCAGCCUAGAUGAAAGGGGCUGCCAAAGAUGGUCAUAACCCAAAGAACUACCUGCUGCAACCUCUCUGCUAGCAUGACUCUGGCAGUCAUCAUCAUCUAAAUGUAAAUCAUGGAGAUGGAGAGUAUUUAUAUAGUGAAAAGGGGUUAACAUGGCGCUAACAUCUACACAACAGACAUGACCAGGAGGAGUUAAACGUUACCUUCAGCAUUAAAAGCUGAUGACUCCGAGAGGUCAGCUCUGCCCCUGCUUUUGCCUGGACCAGUCUUGCCUUUUCUAAGUAGCGUAUCAAACACUUCCGCAAAUUGAUUGCAUGCUGGGUCGACAAAUGUUUCCCCAUAUCAGAAGUAUUCCCCCCUUAUACAAAAUUAAAGCUUUGAAAGUGAUGCAAGUAGCCCUGGUAUCAUCUUUUCACGUGAAAUACGGCCAAACUCUGGAGUGCUUUUGUCUCGCUGCCAUGCUGGAAAGUUCUGAACCAAAACACACUUCUAUCGUACUGCGUCAUCAUACACAGAGACGUCAGUGGAACCGAUAAGCAGAAUUGUUAAGAAAGCAGACAAACAAUUCUUAGGAAUCAAAUCACUGGAAACUGGUUCUAAAAAAAGGUUAUCGAUUCUCAUCCGUAAGUGUAGAGUCCUGAUGGGGGCAGACAAGACUGGGGAAUCCCUGAAAAGACUCUUUGGUGCCUAUAACCAUACAGUAACCGACAAAGGUUGGUUUAAUAUCAGGAUACUAAACAUAUCAGUAUGAGGUCUGGUGUGUUUGGCCUUAAUGGCUUUGUUCAUUGUGGAUAUUCAUCAACUACAAGGGUAUAUGAACAAGGUUCUGGCAAAAUCACUUAGGCCUUCCUGUUGAACAUGAAUCACUGUCCUCACCUGUCUGAGUACGAUCAUUAGCACAAAGAAUACUUAGUCUUUGUCUAUUUAUUUCUUUAUAGGAAAUCUUUCCCUUCCCAACAUGCCACUCUGGCUGCCUUUGCCGCUGUCUACAUUUCAGUAAGUUGCUGGUGUGCUCACAUGUAUAGUAUGAGACUUCACCCCAAAUUUUACAUCAGAAAUCAAGAACAUUUGUUGUUGCUUAAAGUUAUAUGUAACCUAUACAUAAUUAAAUAUAUAAGUAAUAAGAAAUAACCUGAUUGGGUAAAUUGAAAUUGUAUCAGUUGACUUUGAUUUUUAUGUCAGCUGUGGAAAUAUCUGCUUUGAGUAAAGGAAUUAAAGAUUAACGGAUCAUGUGCAAUCGUGUUUGUUUUUCAGAUGUACUUCAACACGUUGCUCACAGACUCCGCCAAGCUCUUAAAGCCUGUCCUGGUAUUUUCUUUUGUCAUGCUGGCCAUUCUGGCAGGGUUAACCAGGAUCAUUCAGUUCAGAAACCAUCCUGUCGAUGUCUACUGUGGAUGGUUACUGGGAGCUGCCAUUGCCAUUUACCUGGUAAGACACUUAGCCAGUCACAGCAGAACAAGACUUAUUCAGGUCAGAAGUGCUGUUAUCAGUGAGAUGCACCAUUACUGGCAAGUUAAUGAAGCAGAAUUCAAAAGCUAUGCACUGUAGUUCUAUUGCAGUAGAUUUCAUUUACCGUUUCAUUCACCACAACUCUUUCUACUGAUACUGAUGCUCAGUUCUUGCAGAAAAACUGGUAUUCCUAAAGCACAUUGGAUAACUCCUACACACAAUCAUCCUCAAACCCACACAAGGAUAGAAGUGUUAAAGCAUGGGCAGAACUAACACAGUUACACUUCUAAGCAGAAAUGUACAAUUAGCACACUAAUACACUUACUCUCACCCACACUUGUAUGCAAAAAACACACAUGCUUAUGCACAAAUACAUGCACGUAUGCAUGUGUGGGCAUUUCAUACAGAAGUAGUAAUUAAAAGUCAUUCUGAAAUAGUCAAUGAGAAACUGUUGCAUAAAUGCCCUCACCCUUUUCAAAUAGCUGUGGUGAACUUAUGUAUGCUCUUCUACCAUAAAAAGUUUACAGUUGACCUGAAUUUUGUGUUUUUUUUAUUUUUAGAGACUUUUUAGAGAAUUUUUGAAGUCUCCCCCCUAUUUGUUCUGAUUUUUGGUGAUACCUUAUCUUGUCCUGAACAUGUACAGGUUGUGUUUCCUGACCAUAAAGUGUCAUCUUUUGAAAUAUUUAAUAUGAACUUGAAAAAAGGAAAAUAAAGGGUGUCUUUGCUGUGCUGUUUGCUGGCUUCUUAGACAUAAACCCUGCUGUUCAAAGUUUACAAAAUGAAAACUUCAAUCUUUUUGUCUUGGUCUCAUUGUUGGUCUAGUUUGCCUUUGGUGGGUCUAACAGGGAAUGACUAAAUUUUAGUUUUAUUCAUAAAUAGUUAAAAACUCAUUGUUUGUAUUUAAUAAUAAUAAUGAGAAUGUCUAAUGCAUCAGCUGGUCUAUAGAGGCAUGUCAGAAAGCUGUGUGAAUGCUUGUGUGCUCAGAGCGUACCAGAGCUUGUUAUCACAUACGUUUGCUGACCCAUUUCUGCUUGAGCUGUCAGAUCAAUAAGUGAAUUUAGCCGAAUUGUUCUAGUAUCUGGUCCAGUCUAUGUUCUCUCUUUAACUUUAACUACAUCAGUUAAAUAUUUAGAAAGGGGCUAUUUCAAGCACAGAAAGGCUGUAAAAUUUAAAGCAAUCAUAAAUCAGCGCCACUCUUUCUUCGUCCGCUUAAGUGUUAUUUUGCUGCAUGUUUCUUUUUAUCUCUCCUGUGUGUGUGUGUGUGUGUGUGUGUGUGUGUGUGUGUGUGUGUGUGUGUGUGUGUGUGUGUGUGUGUGUGUGUGUGUGUGUGUGCGUGUGUGUGUGUGUGUGUGUUGAAUGCAGGGUGUGUAUGCCGUGGGGAAUUUCCAGCCAAGUAAGGAUCGGUCCAGACGACGACCAUCUCCCCCCAGCUUGAGAGAGCCCCCCCUCUCCUCCCUUCCUAACGUCAGCCAGUCAGCAAUAACUAACAGCCACCCAGGUAAAACCCCUCCUAACCAGAGUCUUAACUGACUCUGUCAUUUACUGCUAUUAGGCGAUAAACCAACACUUUGAUGUUCAAAAGAUAUGUCUGUAAGUUGAUUUUUAUUCCUGAAAAUUAAUGUUUGAGCAGGAAAGUUUGUUUGGAGUAAGCUCCAUAGUUUUUGUAGACUCCAAAUUUUCUUUAAUGUUCUCCAGACCCUUUAUGAAGAUAAGAUGCCACAUGUUUCAGCCUGUAAUCCCUCAAUCUUAAAUAGUUCAGGUGUUUUUUGUGGUGUAAAAACUUAACUGAGAGACAGGGAGGAAUGAGUCAUUGUACUUCUAAACAAUACAAGAUUGAUUUUUUAAAAUGGGCAUCAUGUGUUGUUUUAACACUGCUUUGAUACGACAACGAACUCAGCCCCUGCUUUUCCUUUUGAGACGUACUCAGAUGCUCUGGAGAAAAUGCUGACAUGUUGUCUCCAGAAGAUGCUUUAGUGGUUCAAACUGUUAGAGGCAGUUAGACCUCACUCCUUGCUCUGUUCAUAGGUCACCUCACCCUGGUUCCCAGCCAACCAGAACCAAUCAUCACCAGGACUUCUUCACACGCCCUCUCCCCCAACCGACCAGAACCCAUCCUGACAAGGAGUGCCUCCUACCGAGAGCCGUCCAUGUCCAAUCUAAAGAGGGCCAGUGCUGAAGUGGAGGUCAUAACCCCAUCAAGCCCACUUGGCAACCAUGAAAACAUGAUGGCCUUUAGCAGCAGCACACUGCCACGGUGAAUGUAGUUCAAUUAUUUUUUUACAUUGGAGUGUGAAAUUCAGUGCUCACCCUUGGAUACUAUUUUGCUAACAGCUGUGAAACCAGGACUACAUAUAGCACGCUGUACCAGCCACUGCAGUUAAAGGGAUAUUCCGGCAUAAAAUUAAGUUAGGGUCAAACACAUGGUAACACCGAGUUAGACACCCCAUCGAGGGAUGAAUGUUGCCGACCGCUUGCUUCUCUAGUUAUACCAAAUUUAGUAAUGACCACAGAUAGCAAUACACAGAGCCUCGCGCUCAAUCAAAAAGCCACUCUAGCCACAAAUAAUGCUCAGAACAGCACCUAACUUCAUCAACAGUACAUAUAGGGUCCCAGCCAUAGUACCAGCCACCAAACAUCUUUUUAGCUUUGCCUGAUUUCUUAAGCAAAGAGACUAAACACAAUUCACCGUCUCUCUCCCAGAGGCUGCUUGUUUGUACCAAGACCUCCGGGCUAGUCCAUCGACUGCAGCGGGGUGACGCAGCUCAAGGAAGAACAUUUAUAGUCAUUACUUUAUUAUUUCCUUGAAUUAAUAAUCAUCAUAUUAAUCAUUUUGCACUGCAGUCGGGUAGUUCUUCUGCUUUAGCGUCUCUGUCUGUUUGCAUUUCCAUGAAGUAAUAAUCAUAAAUGUUUUUCCUUGAGCUGUGCCCCCCCCCCCCCCCCCUGCAGUCGAUGGACUCGCCCUGAGGUCUUGGUACAAACAAGCGGCUGCUGGAAGAGAGACGGGGAGUUGUGUUUGGUCUCUUUGCUAAAGAAAUCUGGCAAAGCUAAAAGGUGUUUGGUGGCUAGUGCUGUGGCUGGGACCCUAUAUGUACUGUUGAUGAAGUUAGGUGCUGUUCUGAGCAUUAUUUGUGGCUUAAGAGUGGCUUUGUGGUUGAGCACGUGGCUCUGUAUAUUGCUAUGUGCGGUUGUUACUAAAGUUGGUAUAACUAGAGAAGCAAGCGGACAGCAACAUUCAUCUCUCGACAGGGUGUCUAACCCGGUGUUACUGUGUGUUUAUCUUUAAUUUUAUGCCGGAAUAUCCCUUUAAUAAGUGCAGUGCCUAGGUAGAUCACAUUCAUGACUGUUACUUAAUUCAUGGUCUGGAGAGAUUAUUGCUAUCCAGGUCCAUACAAGAAGUGAGAGUCUAGGAUUAACCAUUUUCAAAGAACUUUCACGAAAUGUCUGAAGCAAGCAUGGACAGUGCUCACAUUUCUAUCAAAUGAAAGUUGAUAGCGAAUAAUGAAAUUUACGUCUAUCCAAGUGCCAAAUACAGGCAGAUCUGGGGAGUUAAUUUCAGAGAUCACACACCACAUCAUGGACAAAUACUUGUAGCCAUCUCAUUUAGAAAUCAUCUUCCCAUCAUCAUAUAUUUCUUUGUACAGUUCCCAUGGAGGAUCCUCAUAUGAGGAAGGUCGCAUUCCCCGACGUCACGCCUCCAUCCAUGCCUCAAUGGAUUCAACCCGAUCCAAACAGCUGCUAAGCCAGUGGAAGAAUAAAAAUGACAAUCGGAAGCUUUCUCUACAAGUGAUGGAUGGAAUAAGACCUGCCUCCUCCUCAUCCCCACAGAGGAACAUGGAGCUGCGCUGCUCCUCUGAACCAUCUGCCAUGGGCCUUGAAGCAGAGCUCCGAGCAGGAACACAUCUACCUUCAGUCAUCAGUCAGGAAGCAGAGCUGCGUGCUGGAGCCCACAUUCCAGCUCAGUACAUGAAACUUGCCACAAGCACUGCUGGUCACAAUCACCUGGCCCACAAUGGCAGUACUGGAUUGACUGGUGGAGCCAGAGUGUCUAUUCAGUCUAGGCCUGGAUCUUCCCAGCUUGUUCACAUUCCUGAAGAGGAAAACCCCAACUGCAGGGAUCAGGAGAGUGAAUCAGAGGACAGCAUUAUGGAUGGGGGUGGAUCAGUCAGAGAAAAGUGGCUUAGAGUGGCUGAGAAGACCACCAUCCCCUGUAGGCCUCUAAGUGCUGGAGGACAGCCUCGCUUGAUGCAGGUAAACCAUCAACCUUUCCCUGUAGAUCUAUUGAUACAUGGCUGCUUCCUACUCCACAUAUAAGCAAGGAUCAUUGUAGCAUGUCACAACUUUAUACUUCUUCUGAUUUCCUCUCUGCCUUUGUAUAAGGCUUGUUUUAAACAGGGUAUACAUAUUUUUACUCAUCAGUAUUUAUCCAUUUUCUAUUUUGUGCCAGUUAAUUACCUGACUGAGAAGUCUGUCCUAGUUGAAGACCCACGCAGAUGAAAAUCAUGUUUUUCUUGUUGUCUACAUGUUCAUAUGGCAUUUUUUUAUGCUAGAGGACAUAUCAAGAGAAAAAUAAGAUCUGAGCAUUCCUCAUUCAAAUCACUGUGAACCUCUGGCAGACCUUAACAGCAGAUUCAGACACAGUGGGAUUUUCUACGUCACAAGCCUAAGCUCCGCCCUCAGCACCUCGCAGGCCAGACCCGAGAAGUAGAGAGGAUGAUUGGGAAACAAGUGUGUGCGCUAGAUAACGGAUUGCAGUGCUCAUAAGAAAGCUAAUUAGCUUUCAUCACGCCCCCAAAGACAUUAGUGUCCGAGAGCUGCACACAUUUGUGCUUUUUCCAGCUGAGCUUGUCAUCAACACCUAAGAACCUGACAAAGGAGAAAUGUUCACUCUAUACAUGCAAGCUAUUAAUUGUGUUCAUAACAAAAAAUAUUAGUAUCAUCUGCAAAUAAAAUGAAAAGAGCUUUAUUAAAAUCCAAGUUAUUGAUCUAUAUAAGGAAUAAAAGAGGUCCAAGUAUGGAGCCCUGAGGCACACCACAUCAUAUUUGACUAUAAUUUCAAUUUGCUCUAUCCAACUGACAUAUUGUUUCUUGUCUAAAGGUAGCUGUUAAACCAGGUAAGCUGAAUUCCACUAACAGUGUGAGACUGAAGCUUAGUUGUUAUUGUGUCUUUGCUGUGUCAAAGGCUUCAGAUAAAUCAGUAAAUACCCCCACUUUUGUUUAGAGCUGUUGUUAUUUCAUCAGCCAGUCCGAAUAAAGCUAUAGUGGUAGAAUGCUUUUAACGAAAUCCACAUUGAUUAAUUGACAAUACCAUCAUCACUCGUGGACAAAGUACACAAUGUCAUCCCUUGAGUCAAACUAAUGUUUAGCUUGACACUCCUUCUAAGGUUGGACAGCAACCUUUUGUUGGCCAUGAGGAAGUUUGUAGAUGCAACCGAGGAAACCCUUAAAUGAAACAAGUUAUCCUUCAAAAUGCUCAAACAUUGGUUUGAAAUCAAGCCAGGAGUGCUCAGGUGGAAAAUAGUCAUUCAAUCAACUGCCUGCUGUGAGUGAUGUUUACUCUACAUUUACCCCUCAACCUAUAGGCAGCAAAUAUGUUUCAUUAUCACCCCCUAUUUUUCAGGUGAUAGCCUUAUCCAAACAGCAGGGCCUGCUCCACUCUCCUAGAUCAGAAGAUGGAGGCAGCACCGUGAGCUGCACUGGAUCCAUUCGGUACCGAGCCUUGACUGACCAGGAUCCAUCGCCCCCAGCCUCAACCACAGGAGCAAUGAGCGGAGGAGGAGGUGUGUACUGUGGAUAGAGUUAUACUUAUUCUCUUAAAUGGUUUGAAGAUCAACAUGAAGGUUGAAUCGGCUCUACAUCAGUCAAUAGAGUCUUCACACUGUCCUUCUGUGGAACAUCAUUAUGACAAAGAAUACAUACACCUGUAUUUUCAGAAGAUCGUAGUUUUAACAGAACAGGUAUGAAGUUAUAGUUAUUAUUUUCAGCUGGAGACCAGGUUUCAUUCUCUGGUUUCUCUCUUUAGACUCACCUUUAUAUCUCUGGCAACCAAUAAGAUGUUAGGAUAAAUUCCUUCCUAAAAUGAUCAGCUUUUUUUCACGAAAGCAGGUUUUCUUCUGUCUUUACCUCUGUUGACGUCAACAGUCUUUCAAAACAGCCUGACUCUGCUACAACUUGAGCUGUUGCAUAAAUUCACAAAUUUAUAAAUUCACAAGUUGUGUAAAUUUAUAGUGAGAUACAAUAACCAAGCAAAAAUACUAUAAUUGUGUUAUUUACCUGAGCAGACAUUGAAAGCUGCUUCAUUUCCAAAAAGCGUUGUUACUUGCAUCCUCAGGGCGCUUCCUCUUAACAGAAGGAUACUCUCAGUCUCGUCUUUCAAAGGUGUCCACUGCUCUCUUUUCCUCAGGCUGCAGAUUUUCAUAAGGCUCUAAUUUUUGUUAAUGCCAGCUGCCAGAUUGAGUCUGUUUGGCUUUUUAUAUGAUCGCUCAUAGUUAUACUUUAUUUGAUUGGCUUGCAUGUGGCACGCAGCUUCUAAACUCUCUGGGGAACUCACUUAAUUCCUACCUGUUCCGUUAUUAAAGAGGUGCAACUUGGUGGACGUCACCGUGGUAAUUUAAAUGCGUGAGAAUUACAAUGUGUGGCAUGUGAGUGCGUAAACAGGUGGAAAUGCGUGUGUCACAAGCCGAAUGCGUGAAACUUGAGAGCCCUGUUAGCUAGUUUUGACUUCCUACCUCAGACUAUAAACACAGUUCUUUCUGCCAUCCUUCAGGAUGACACUGAGAAAGAGGAGCAGGUAUGGUGAUGACAGUGGUUGCAGAUUCAUGAUUGGUUUAAAAAUUGGAAUAGACAAGGAUAUAACUGAUUUUGACAGUCCUAGUCAAGUUGUUUUAGGAUUUUAACAAAGAAAACAAUCAAUUUCAAGAUGAUUUAUUUUUCUCUUUUCUUUAUAUUUACUGUAAGUUUACGGAUAGUCCGUCAUCUGUUCCGUUUUCUUAUACUUUCAGGGGGAGGUUUGGAAAGAACUGGCAGCAUUAUCCGUGUUGAAGCCCACCCAGAGUCCAGAUCAAACAAACCUGUGGUGAAACCUCCGAGCACUGAUGGGAGUGGCUCCUGGCGUUGGAAACCACCAGAACAGCGAGCUUCAUUGCGACAAUCAGCUCUGAACCUUAAUGACCUGAACCGAAACACAGACAGCUAUGAUUCAUUAAGGGAUGGAGGCUGUGUGGACGGGCGGAGGAGCAUGACAAGCACUGAAAUGGAGAUUGUUGCUGGUGGAGAUGGAGGAACAGGAGGAGGUGGGAUGGGAGAGGGAGGAGGAGGCAAUGUAUAUACAAGCCAUCCACAUGUUGUACACCCUCUGCAUUCCUUACAUCCAAAUAACCCAAACAACUUCCAGCACCCCGGUUUUAACCCCAACAAUCCUAAUAAUCUGGUUUUUAACAACACUCACUUUAACCCCAACCCCAACUCCAACAUGCCCUUCACCCAGACUGACAAUAUUACAACUCCCUUCCACCCUCACCCUCAGGCCAUCACCACCAUAAGGGUUACUCCUGUGGAGGGGACAGCGGCCAGCAGUGAUGGUGGCUCAGACUGCCAGUCAGUGGCCUCAUCGAGCCGUGAGUCCACCCUGAGGAGGCAGAGUGGCUCACACAUUGUCCAGGUACCUGAUCGUAUUCCCAUUGCUGACCUUCACAACAACCACCGUCUCUGUGAUGAAAAUGAAAGCAGCAACCGUUUCCAGGAAAACCUAAGAAGCUUUCAAGAAAACUCUAUCCACCUCAACCACCCCAACAGGCAGUUUCAAGGGAUGUUUGGCCGUCCAAGCCCAACCCCUCCCCCUACCUUACCCCGCCCCAUCAUGACUCAAACUCCCCCUCCGAAUUUAGGGCUGGCCUAUAAAGAAUGACCUGCUCAGUGGUAGGAUCUUCAUCUUUUUGCAUCUGUGAUAAAGAUUUUUGCUACUUGAUCAGAACAAAGUUUCAAUGGAGAUUUGGUUAAAUCUGCCAGCACAUACGGUCAGCUGAUAUGGGAUGGUCAAAACCUUCCAGCCUCCCAAUUGGCUGCUCUGUCCACUAAAGCACCCCCACUGGUUUAGUACCUAACUGAGCAGAUAUGUUGUCUUACUGCAGGAUCAGUAUAACCUACGAGCAAUACAUCUAUUUCUUUGAAUCAUAAGCCAUACAAACAAAAUUACUUCUGCCCCCAUUCUCCAACCCGCCAUUUAAAGAGGACAAUGGCCAAGGCUCAGUAUAAGGGCUGAGUUUGAUUCAUUGAUCAGCUUUUUUCUCUUCUUUUCUUUUUAUUGAAUCUUGGACUACAGACACAACCAGCUUUUUUAACUAGAGUGAGUUCACAUAAACGCAGACUCAUUCUUUCUAAAUACUCGCUGUCAGUUAAGAUGGGUACAGCCUGGUGAUUCUGUUUUCCUAUAACUGCUGGUUUAGCUGUGAAUGGACCAACAUUAUUGUCCCAAAAUUUGUACACAAGUUUUACAUUCAUAAACUUUAUAUAAAAAACCCACAUGCCAUUAUGUAUAAAAUUUCAGAAGCUAAAACAGUGCUGUGUUUGUGUGUGUUCGUUGGUGAUCACUGUGGAAAUCAGACCACGGUUUAACUGGGCUACAAGAUGUUUAAUUUGACUGUGAUAAUAUCUAUUGCUUCAUGGUGGUAUAUAUUUGUGUCAUUCAGAACAAUAUAAUGGCAAAUAUAUUGUGGUUUAAAUAUAGUAAAACAGGGCUACAUUUUUUAAACUAUGAUAUUUUGUUGUAAUUGUGCAGUAUAUGAGUUAUGCAAAAUGUGUAGUAGUUGAAGCAUACACUAACACAUGCAGCAUGGGAAUCAUCUGAACUAAAGGUCAUAUAAGCACAAAUACUGACGCUGAAGAUGUGUUUUUAUUUUCUUUGUUUGACUCACACUUUCAAUCAAUCUUGUCUCCAAGCAUUUCAGUGUGAGCAGCUGUGAGAUUACAGAGAACGAUCAUCAGAGGAGUACCAUUUCAAAGACAUUCGCUGACAUUUUCAGACUGAAAUUGUUUUGAUUAAUUUUUAGUUUAAUGUAAAAAGAACAUAUUAUAUCAAAGAAUAGUCCUAAUUUUACAAAGAAUGAACAUAUCACUAUCAAAUGAAUUUAAAUAAAGAAAAUUAUAGAGCGAAAAUACAAUAUGUAUUCUGAAAAACACAGUGAAUAUUUUGUACCCAAAACCCAGAUUGUCAAAACAGAGUGUUAUGAUAAAGGAAAGUUUUAUAUUACAAGAAUACAGUACGCACAUGUACACAGUACAAAGACAGUAGUACAUUCAGUAAUACAGGGUUACUUAUGAGGAUAUGAUCAGCAUUGACAAAAAAUAAUGUCCAUUUUUGAUUGUGCUUAAGAAUAAUGGCAAUUUACUGUCAAAGUCAUUUACAACUAAAAGGCAUGAAAAAACAAAAAAUAUUUUUUUCAGGUGAAGAAAAGUAGUUCAUGUUUAAAAGGUUAAGGAAUGUCAUGAUGCCACAGUCACUGUUUUAAAAAGUUAAACCAUGAAAAAGUGAGGAUUUUAGGAAUAUAUCCAGGAAUAUAUUAAAGAAAAUAUAUGUGAUAGCAUAAUAACUCUGUAAAGUUUAUUAGCUUUUUAUAAAGUAGAAAUCACUUUUAUGGUUGCAGCAUGAUGAAGGAGGUUGUUUCAUGUAUCUGCAUGUCUUUCCUAAAAAAACAACCCGCACACACGAAACAGACCUGCGAUUGGACCUGACAGGCUGCUUUCUCCUGUUUAUUACUACUUAUAAUUCUUGUAGAAAUAUUUUAAGAAAACCUCAAAAUUGAUAUCUUGUCACAAUAUUUUUAAAUGAUUCAACUUGAUUAACAUAACAUUGUGUUUUUUUUUUUAUUCAACUUUUUAUGAAUAUUCAGAUUUUAAUAUGAAGAUUUAUAUUCAUGUGCACCGAGAACUUUAUUCUUACUACAUGGCUUUUUCCUCUAAUUUUGUCCUAAGAUCAGUAAGUUAGGUGCCCUUAACAGCAGCUCUAUUUUAUAACCCAGUUUUUCAUUCUGACUAUAUUUUUGAAUCACUGUUGCAUGUGCUCCGAAGGUAGAGUACACUCUGAUAUUGCCGUUCCAUGAAUGUUGCUGUAGUAUUAAUCAAACAUAAAUGCUUCAAAUGAUCUGUUUACUGGUUUCCAUACUUACCAUUUUCUUAGCCCAGUGUUUACACUCUCUAACUAAGUGCCCAAGUGCCAUCACAAAGCAAAGUUAUGUGACUGUGGGCUAGUCACAUAGUCUGUAUAUGGAUCAUGUGAAAGCGCGGGACAAAACCUACCGUCAGGAUCAAUGUUUGAUGACAAUAUGCCUGGAUACACAAAGAUUCUCUCAUUCGGAUCCUGUUGCUGAUAACAAAGCACAAAUACUGACAGUCUUGAGUCUGUGUUAGUGACUGUGUACAGAUAAACUGAUCUAUAUAACUUAUAUAACCUCUCACUUGGGGUGAGAGGGGGAGGUUGCAUUCAUCUGUAUGAAGAUUUAGGUGAUGAUGUGUUUGGGAUGCUGCUGCUGCUGUUAUUGGCAUUGUAUAAAGUUAUUAAUGUGUUGAUGUUUUUUAAUGGAGAGGUUGGUGUAGAGGACUUUAAACUUGCUAUUUUAGUCGUUUCACAUGUAUCAUAGGCCGUAUUUAUUACACAAGCUAAUUUAUGAAAAAUAUUUGGUUGAAUGUGACCGAUGACUUUAAUUGACAGUCAGGUCCUUUGAUUGCAUUGACGUAUACUGUACAAAUGCUCUUCUCUUUUCCUACAAACACAUUUAUGUAAAGUUGUGGAUUGAACACAUUAAAGUCAUAUGUAGAUCUUACAAGAACCUACUGUAAUUAGUGGACUGGUGGCACUAUAGUAUGAGGGGGAAAUUUCUUUGGUUGUUUGUCAAACUGUGAGCUUCAAAGGGUCUAACCCAACCAGGUUUAUGUUCUGCCUGUUAUUAUUGCAAUGAUGGGCAGUAGAGUCACAGUUCUGCUAUGACAAGAAGUGCUCAGACUCUAUGACCCCUGUCCCUCAUUCUUCACAUCAUUCACCAUACAAGCAGUCAACAUAUUCAGGGUCAUACCCAGAUCUCCAGAUCUAUUUCUGAUUGAUUAUAUUCCUUACAGAGAACCGAAAUAUGCUAAUGAAAAAUCUCGGUUUUUUUUCCUCCUAAAAAAGAAACACAUGUCUAAAUGCUUGCAGUCUGGUCCUGCUGGUUGCUUAUCAUGAAGGAUUUCAGGAGUGAAAAAGGUUGAAGCAGGGGUCAUCAUCUAGACGGGUAUAGCAGCUGUACAGAUUAAACCUUAUCAUCAUUGCAUAAUUUGUUAAGACUAAAAAAAGCUACCUAUUGCCUCCAGAAAUGCUAUAAUGAUUAUUCUAUAAAAGAAAAUUGAAAUAAUUAAAGCUUUUCAAAUGUUUUAGACUGAAGUCUGAAUGAGCUGAAGCUUAAUUUUUUCAUGUGGAUCAACAGGUAUUUGAUCAAAUCAAACUAAGUAUGUCCUAGAGAACCUGCAUCAGUGCAAAAAAUUGCUUUGAAAAGUAGGACAAAAGCUGUAAUCUCAAUUUGUGGACUCAAGUACAGAAGCUUGCUCCAGUUCAGAUCCAAUGAUAAGUCUUUUAUGUGUUAGGAGGGUUCUGAUAUUUUUGACUAACAUGUAAGUCAGCAUUUUAUAUCUUCCUUUCAAAAUCUUUACUUGCAUCAAAAGCUGCAAUAUGACCCAAAUACUAGGCUGCUAUCCCUCUUAGUUACUGAGCAGGCAGAGAGAUACAUUUAGCAAUAACACAGAUAUUAAAAGCUUCUAUUCAGCAAGCAUCAGCCCAGACUUCUAAGAGUAGAAUCAGAAACAGGAUUGGACUUUUUCAGUUCUUAAUCAGGGCUGGACUCAUCUGCUAUAAUCCUCCAUGGCUUCACUGAAGGCAGGCCCAUUCUAUAUCAUAUGGUCUUAUAUGCUUUUAUGUGCUGGGUCAUUUUGAGAAUAAGGAGGUGGUAUAUAAGGUAGAGGUCAGCAUCAGGUCAUAUUUAUCUGUAUAGCACAUUUCAUAUAAAUGCACUCUCAAUGAGCUGUACAGUGGAUAAAAAGAAAGACAAAUCAAAGUAAGAAUUAAAAUCAACAAAGACAUUUAUAAAACAGUAUUGCACCAACCCAUUUAACUUUGAUUUGGAUCAAACUUAGCUUGGAAUGUUCAGACUUGUGCCAGGUUGUGGUUGGUUGCCUAAAGAUUAGUCAUUAUUAAGGUGACACAGAUAACAGCUAACCUGGUUUGGUCUAGACUUAAAAAAUCAACUUAAUAACCCCUCUUGGACCACUUCUAUCUAUACAGUGAAAUCUAAGAAGAUGAAUUUGUGAUGUUUUUAAGAGAGAGUAACAGACUCAAACUUUUCUUUCUCAAAGAAGAGAAGAUGAGUUUUGAGUGCAGUGGACUGGUUCUGUUAAGUCCUUUCUUUCUUGGUCUUGGUUUUUGGUUUGUUUUUGCUCUCUACAUAGAUUUCAAAUCAGUUGACGUGAAAUACUAGCUGUUUAUAAUGACUAACUCAGUGGUUCUUAACCAGGGUUCUAUCGAACCCUAGGGGUUCGGUGAGUCAGUCUCAGGGGUUCGGCGGAGCCUCUGCCACGGAGGUCAAGACACACCUGACUCAUAAUGUAAAUUCGAGAAGGGUUCGGUGAAAGUGCAUAUGAAACUGGUGGGUUCGGUACCUCAAACAAGGUUAAGAACCACUGGACUAACUGAACCUUUUUGGGUUUUCCCGCUGUAAGUAGGCAUUUGUAUCUUCAUGUUAAUUAGUAUAUCUUGUUUGCAACCCCAGAAUAAUGGUUAUAGUAAAGUGCUAAGGCUUAGCAUACCCCCAAAAUAUAUAGAGCCAUACUGACAGUCAAUCACAGAGGAGCUUUGCUAAGACAGAGCAGAGUAGUAAAGUCAGCUGUUUUUUACUCGUAUAUGGUUUGGAUCCACAGAGUAUUGACUCAAAAACAUUUGUAAAGAUAUCAGUCCUUAUUUUUAUUCUCCUCAAAUCACGCCUUAAACCUGUGCUUGUUCACUAAAAGACUCCAAACAUUUUUAUCCAAGUGCUAAUGUGAUAUUGUGCUGUUAUGUGCUGCAACUCAACUCUAUUUACAAUUAUUUGCUCUCGCUCUCUCUCUCUCUCUCUCUCUCUCUCUCUCUCUCUCUCAUUCUCUCUCUCUGUUUCUGUCUGUCUGUCUCUCUCCCUCUCUUACAAUACACUUUUCCAAAGCUAAAUGUUUUAUUCAUAAAUAUUCAUUUAUUCCUUUUAAUUGCAGUAUAAGCUUGCUCUUUGUACUUGAAUUUCAACAUUUCAAAACAGGGAUGGCACUAUUUCUAUACGAGCAGUGCAUUCCUGAUGAAAUUUGGUAAUAGUGGUUCAGUGAUUAUUAUAAAGCUACACUUACUGUAAAGAAAAAGUUUUUUUUAUUCUUUUUGACAGAAGCAUAGACAAUAAAAGUGUUGAACUGAGGCAUGAUGUAAAGACUAAUCAAUCUCUAUAGAAUUGAAUUUGGACUUGGAUAAUUUAUUCAGCCAGCCCUUUUCUUAAGGGUUUGCAGUGUGGAUGGGUUAACCAUGUGACUCUGUGAACACUUACUGUAUGACAGUAUACUGAUAAACAUGCUAAAGUAUCUGUUUUUCAGUGGUAAUCUGUAACAAAAUAAAAAAAAAAUCAAAUCAGAUC